CUCAACAUGACAGACGUGCCUGAAGACGAAUUGGCGGAUUUAAAAAUUGCCGCCUCGAGUUCUGAUGAAUAAAAAUUGUCUAUGGUGCGAUUUAGAUUUAUGCUGAUAAAUAAAUAAAAAAUAUUGGAAAUGGAUACAACAGCGGAAAGUAGGCCUAAAUUCCAGGCCAUGACGAUGGCAGAAUUGCUACCAGGAUUAAGUGGUAUUUGUUCAAAGAAUUCUAUGCAAUCGUUAACUGCAAUAAAGCAACCACGAAAAGCUUUGGCCGAGACUCGAACAGCAGUUAAAUCUAUUAAACCUAUGACUAUAGCUGAAAUGCAAGCUGGAAUACUUGCUAUAAAAGAUAAAACACCAAGGCGACCAGCACAGACAGCUGAGUCAUCUAAUAAAAAGAAUUGGAACUCAUCAGUAAAAGUGGAAAAUAAAUUUCGAAGGACAACUAUUAUGAAUGAACAGAUGAAAAACAAUCCAGUGAAAAAAGCAUUGAACUUUCAAUCUAAACCAAAGCCAUCUUUGAACACAAGGAAAACUGUAUUCAAUCCAGAAACACCAAAAUUCCCCAAGCCAGCUGUAAAAGCUAAGAAAGCUAUACCUCUAAUAAGAAUCAGUGGUGUAUGUAAAAUAGCAGAAACUCCAGCUUCAAGCAGGCCAAACAGAGUGACAAUAGCAAAUAAAGAAAACUAUUCAUACAUAUCUAAUGUUCCCAAGCACAAGCCAGUCACACCAAAAAGCAUAUUAAAGCACAAAUUCAAGCCACCAAUACCAGAUACUCCAAUAUCCAACAUUUCAUGGAAAUCAAGUGACACUAGUUUCUUGCAAAAGGAGAAAGAAAUCAAUGACAUAGAAGAGAAGAAAACGGCCAAGGUGGAAGAACCUACGUUAGAAAAUAUAGCAGAAGUGUCACCACCAGUAUCCACACCAUUCAAAGAGUAUAGAAAUGUACAGGAAUUCUUCAAUAAUUCCAAUAAUGUUUCGUUGAACGAAGACUCCAUACUUUACAAUGACAAUACUAUAAUGAGUUUUGAUAACUUGACUAAUAGCAAAGAGACAAGUAAACGAGAAGAAAGCGUUAUCGUGUCUCUAUGUGACAUGUUGAAUAAAGCAACAGUCAACAAUACAGAGAGUAUAAGCUCUGAACUGAAUGAUUUAUUACAAUCGGAGAAAGAAGUAAAAGACAGUGUAAGAACGAUAGAGAAUUGCAUUAAGUUUUUGACGCAUAUGAAGAAGUCAUACUUGAAACGUCAGAAGCAUGUUCAAAAAUUAAUACUGGAGAAGCAAAACAGCCAACCAUUACAAACAAGUGAGAUUAAACCUGAAAUUAAAGUUGAGCAAUCUAUAGACAAUGUACCAUCAACUGAAACAGAUAAAAAUACAUUGACAAGCAAACCAUGUUCCGUCAUCAAGUCACCGACUUAUAAAAUACCAAAGAAAAAUCUUUGCUUGCGGAAGAAAGUGUUCCAUAAAUCAAUGCCAAAUGUAUCAAGUAGUGUACAGUCACCUACAAUUCUAGAUAGCAGUAACGCCAUUGCUCACAACAUGUAUAUGAAAAUGAAAGAAAACAUGAAGUUUUUGAACACACCGUUGAAAAUGAGAAGUAAUGAAAUACCUGACACUCCAGCGAUUACAUCUCAUAACUUACAGAGUCAGUUAGAUAAAUUGUACAAUGGUAGCUAGGUGCGAACUCAGUUUUUGAUGUACAUUACAAUAUUUCUCGUAAACAUAUUCUUACUACACUACAAAAGCCAUCAAAGUUCCAAUUUUAAGUAUCAGAAAAUAAAUACAUAGGAUAGUGGCUGACUGAAAUCAUAUAAAUUUUUUUAAAGAAUUGAUUUUGAAAUUAAACUUUUAGCUACUGUACAAAAUUAGCCAAAUUUAAUUUAUUAAGGAUGUAAUAUAAAUGUUUUUAAAGAGUUUUAUAAUGUAUGAUACAUUUUAAUAGAAUGAAUUUAUAAUAUUCUGUUAAAACGCACAAGUCUUAAUAUAUAAUGAUACAGUUUUUAAUAAUAAAUAUAUGU